UCUGGUUGUGAGCGCGGCGCGGCUCGAAGUAUACCCAACAUGCCUGGCAAAACAUCCACCUCCCUUCCCCGCAUCACCAAAUUCACCAACUGCCGUAUCGUCAAGGGACUUGAUCUCGUCGAGCAAGACGUAUGGAUUGAUUCAAUCUCUGGGAAGAUUCUCAAGGAUCAGGAAGCCUUCUAUGGAUUACAUCUCUCCCCCGAUAAGGUCAUCGACCUAGGCGGCCGCAUCUUGGCUCCCGGCCUUAUCGAUGUACAGUUGAAUGGUGCUCAGGGCUUCGACUUCUCCGUUCCCCAGGCCUCCAAAGAACUAUACGAUGAAGGUCUGCGGGCCGUUAACAAAGGUCUUGCCAGGACGGGAGUGACUUCAUAUCUCCCGACGGUAGUCAGUUCUACUCCCGAAGUCUACUGGCAGGUACUUCCAUCGCUAGGGGCAUCUGGAGAGAGCCAUCGCGCCGAAGAUGGCGCGGAGUCGCUAGGCGCUCAUGUCGAAGGUCCAUUCAUCAGCCCUGGUCGUAAUGGCGUGCAUAAGACAGAAGUUCUUCGUGCAGCAACAUGCUUCGAGGAUGUCAUCGCUUGCUAUGGCAAAGACAACCUCACCGGCCCAUUUAAAUCAGUGCGCAUGAUCACAGCGGCUCCUGAGGUUGGAGACAUGCUGCCGAACAUUCCCUCCCUCACAGCAGAGGACAUCAUCUACUCCAUUGGCCACUCGGACGCAACGUACGAGCAAGCCCUCACCGCCACCCAGCAAGGCGCCACCAUGAUCACGCAUCUUUUCAACGCAAUGCGGCCCUUUUAUCACCGGAACCCCGGUAUCUUCGGCCUCCUAGGGCAGAAUGAAUGCCCGCGACCAUUCUACGGCGUCAUCACCGACGGCAUUCACCUGCAUCCCACCUCAAUUCGCAUUGCCUACAACGCCCACCCCGAAGGCCUCAUCCUCGUCACUGACGCCAUGAAGCUAUGCGGUCUCCCCGACGGUAUCUACGACUGGACCAAUGGCGAGCGCAUCAUCAAGAACGGCGCCCGGCUGACCCUCGAAGGCUCGGACAAAAUCGCCGGCAGCUCAGCCACCCUCAUUGAGUGCGUCAACAAUUUCCGUCGCUGGUCAGGCGCCUCCACGGCCGAGGCGCUCAACGCGGCUUCCGCCACCCCCGCACGCCUUCUGGGUUUACAGGGCGUCAAGGGGUCCCUGGAGAGUGGCGCGGAUGCGGACUUGCUUGUGCUGGAUGAUGAGGAGGACCCCUUCUCGGGCCCCACCUUGACUGUGAGACAAGUCUGGAAGCGCGGAGUCAAGAUCUAUGAUACCGGCAAAUAAGAUGCAGUGCCUUUUGACUUGCGCACAUGCUGUCUGAACGAGUUAUGCGCUGCAGAAAUCGUUUGGUUAUUACUCAUUCAUGCGUUACGCUCGAAUUUUGAUCUCUCUAGCAGGCUUGGGAGUUUUGGUUUGGAUUAUGCUGCUCGUUCCUUCUUGGCUCGCGUCGGUUUAGAGACUUGCAUGGAGUGGGCUCUCGUGGGCUCUGUUCAUUACCUUUCUUUUUGUACUUGGGUCAUUUCAACAACCGGGAUAAAGUAGACCUCCCACAUGGAUAGUAAAUAGAAUGUCAAUGAUAGAUACAGGCC